AUGGGAGAUAGGUUGCGUUUGGCUGUGGGAAUUAUGGGGAAUGCCGCCUCCAUGUUACUCUAUGCUGCUCCUAUAUUGACUUUUUCGAGAGUCAUAAGAAAGAGAAGUACUGAAGAGUUUUCAUGCAUUCCAUACACCAUUGCGUUAUUGAACUGUUUCCUCUAUACAUGGUACGGCUUGCCGGUUGUGAGUAAUGGCUGGGAAAACGUCCCUGUGGUCACGAUCAAUGGCUUAGGAAUUCUUUUGGAGCUCUCCUUCGUAUUCAUAUACUUCUGUUUUGCCCCCGCAAAUGCCAAGAAGAAGGUUGCAGUGUUAACAACAUCAGUUAUCCUUGGAUUCUGCGUCAUUGCUUUACUAUCAGUCUUUGCAUUUCACGAUCAUUCCCACCGAAAGAUACUCGUAGGAAGCAUUGGAUUGAUAGCAUCAGUGGCAAUGUAUGGUUCUCCUCUGGUGGUUGUGAAACAAGUGAUACAAACCAAGAGCGUUGAAUUUAUGCCGUUCUACUUGUCCCUUUUCUCGUUUCUUGCCAGUUCCCUUUGGAUGACUUACGGAUUACUGAGCCAUGAUCUUUUCCUCGCGUCCCCAAAUCUGGUUGGCAGCCCUUUAGGCAUCUUUCAGCUUUUGCUCUACUGCAAGUACAGGAAAAAUGGAUUCAUGGAAGAAGGAUUGAAACGGGAUGCAGCAAAAGGAUGGCGAAAAAGUGAAGCGACAGAUGUUGAGAAGCCAAAAGAGCAACUGCAUGCAGCUUCUGCUCAGUGAGGUUACCGAGUCCAAGAUAUGA